AAAACAGCUGAAACUACUCAACAAGUUACCGACUGGGAAGGUAGCAUCACCUAUCGGGAAAGCUUGGAAACUAGUUGCCGAAUAGUUUGCGGGAUUUCCUGAUAGGUGGAGCUAGUGUCCACUUUUUUACAUAAAGAUACACGGUAAUAUGUUAAAUACCAUUCCGUUCGGAAACAUAAAUGCGUUUAUAUAUUAUGUAUUUUCGAUCUAUAUUAUUUUUUAACGAUUUGUUCAACAUGUCCGUUAUACGACAAGUUUUCGUUCGUUUUGUGUAUGCUUAACUCUGAUUGGUUCAAAAAUGUUUCGCCUGCGGAAGUGCAUUGUUGCGUCGAGCAGCAUAUCCGGUAGUCUUUAAUUUAGUGUAUUUUUCGAUCUUCGAUGUUACCUCUUAUUUUCUUUUUCAUAUACUUUUGUCCACCGUAUAGACGAACACGAAAUGCCACGAAGUUAGAAGUAAGAGUAGAGAACCUAUCUAAAGCUAUGCGAAAUUGGUAUGUUCUCUCGUUGAACGAAUAAUAGAAUAUUUUAAGUGCAAGCGCGGCAACGACGUCCAUUGGCGAACCCUAUACGCGUAUAAUGCAAAAAAGAAAUCACCGAUUGGCUGAAAUUCAUACAACUGCGUGGGGGGAAGUGAAUGUAUGCUGGUCUGGCCCAAACGCGGCUACAUCCCCGUGCCAGACCAGCAAGGAAGUAGUAACGCCAGCGUUAUAAUUUUGUCUUUUGUUUAUCGUUUAUGUUUAUUUCACCGGGAAGAAGACGAGUUACGAAGAGCGUGGUAUCGCCGUAUCGUGCGGCUGGUACUGGGGGAUCGAACAGAAACCAUAUCGGCACCAAUUUUCCCAUGGUAAAUUUUCGGUGCGAUCAAGUAGUCGAAAGCGUAUUCAGGCAGCCUUCAACGUAAACAAAAAUGGAGCUAGGGGAGGGAGAUGCGAAGAUUUGUCGACUUUGCGGCCAAUGUGAAAGUAUAUACAUCGACGUGUUUGGUGAGGAAGGCACCAAAAGAUUUUUAGGAUUGAAGAUUUACACGAAAAUCAACAUUUUGAUAGAUGAGAGGGAUCCUCUGCCCAAGGCGAUCUGUGUUCAGUGUCUGGGCAAGCUUGAAUUCGUUUGCGACUUCCAAGAGGAGUGUCUUCGCACCCAACAAGUGUUACGCGAUCGAUACAAUCUACCACCCUUAUCAGAAAUUGCUGAGAUAAAGACUGAAGAUACAACGCCAAGCACAUCAACGAAUAAUAACAACAAUGAUAUUGACAAGAACCUAAAUUCUCCAAGCGAAAAGACUGUCAGAGAAAUAGAACGUGUUCCAAAGGCAGCUACAAGAACUCCAAAAAGCUUAAAAGGUCAGCAGCAAGGAAAAAAUAACGAGGAAGAUAGGAAUGAUGUUCAAACCACGAAUGAGAAGAAUACAGAUGAUGUGCAGCCUGUUGAAAAUUCGGAAACAACUACUAUACGUUGGCUCAGAAGCAGGCCGAGUACAGAAGCUACUACGGAUGAAGUAACAAGUGAUAUACCAAUUGCAAAUAGACUUAGAAGUCACAACAAUACUGCCACUGAAGUAAAUAUUAAUUCGUGCGACAGCUCAAAUGAAAAUGUUGAUAAAAUCAUUGGAAAGCAACAAGAAUCACCUACCAUUCAAAUUCCAACAUCUGCAUUAAAUAAACUUCUCACUAUCGUUUCAAAUUCUCCAAACAUAGAUGUAUCUGUCAAAGAAUCCAGAACUCAAAGCAGUGACAACGAAGACAUCAGUUUCACUGUAGAAUUAUGUAAAAAGGAAAGCGAAGACGGGACCACGGUUCGAGCAAGAGUGUUUCCAGAUCAGGGCUCGUGUUUGGUGGAUAAAGCUAUCGUUGAUCUUCUACAGAGCCAAAGUUGCGUAGAAGUGAAUAGUAUAAUAAAUACUAUUAUCAGCAGUAGCCUUAAAAAUGGGAAUUCUACAAAAUCAAAAGACUCUGUUGAGUUUGAACAGAAAUGGCAGGCCACGCAGAAUCCCGAGGAAUUGUUCAAAAUCGACGGUGAAGAGAUUCGCGUGGACGACAACGUCGAACACGUUGUGUCGGACAGUCAGAACGGUUAUUCUUGUAAACUGUGUUGCAAAUUCUACGAACGUAAAGACAAGUGUAUGGUUCACGUGAAAACUCAUCUCGGUAUCAAACAGUACACUUGUAUUUUAUGCAAUGCUAAAUUCGUAUGUAAGUCCGACGUUAUGAAACAUAUACGAUGUUCGCAUACCAAUCCUAGGCCGAUACAAUGCCCGAAGUGUCCUAAGCGAUUCAAAUCAAAAUUUUAUUUAAUGGAACAUGACAACGUGCACAAAGGCGUGAGACCAUAUUCUUGUACGGAUUGCGGUCAAAGUUACCACCAUAAAGUUUCGUUACAAAUUCACAUGAAAUCGCAUUUACCACCGCAGAAUUUGGCAUGCGAAUAUUGCGGCAAAGUAUUCCCGUAUCGUACGAGAUUACUGAGCCACGUUGCUAGUGUACAUUUAAAGAACCGUCGGAAUUUUAGGUGUCGAUUUUGUUAUAAUCUUUACUCGAGUCUAUCGGUAUUGAACGAGCACAUUAAGACGCGACACGCGACCACGUAUACCUGCGAGGUUUGUAGCAAAACGUUCAAAGUCGCGUCUAAGUAUAAGGCACACGUGUUGCAACACUCUAAUCCUAAGCCCUUCGUGUGUAACAUUUGUAACAAUAGAUACGCGUCGAAAGCAUUCCUAAAUGAACACUUAUUGAAACACGAAGGGUUGAGGAAACACAUAUGCCAGAAAUGUGGUGCGAGAUUCGCUCAGGCUAGUCAUCUGGCUGCGCAUCGGCACGUGCACGGCGAAAAGUUGCACGCAUGUCCAGAGUGCGGGCGUAAGUUCAACAGGCGCGAUAACAUGAAGGUACAUAGAAAAAGACAUUUCGAAGACAAAAAGACUGGUAUUAUUAAACAAAAGAAUGCUUCUAACGCCGACGUGAUUUCCACCACGUCUAACGAAAAGAUACUAUUGCAAGAAUUAAAAAUAAAGAAGAACGAUGGAUUGCCACAAAUUGUUUGUAUGCGCUGUCUGGGCACGUUGGAAUUCUUAUAUGACUUCUACGACAGUUGUCAGCACACUCAAAAGGAACUCUUGCAAGCUGUUCAAAAUAAAGCUGAAGAGAAACUUCAGCGAGAAGAUGACGGUGAAUCGGAUAAAGAGAAUGAUGUUACAUCAACGAAACACAAACCAAAAGCUUUAUCACCUAUUGCUUCCAAAGAUGCUGAAAAUUCUGUAGCCAUAAAUAAGGACAGUAAUAAUUUACAUAGUGAUAGCAAUGACUGUUCGAAUGAUAUUCAGCCGGUUACAUGUAAAUUGGUACCGUUAGAAAAUUUAAUUUCUAAUAAGCAGUCUACAGUGCGUAACAUUCCCACACGUGAGAAGAAUUCAAUGAACGAACAAAAGCGUGAUACAAAUUUCAUAUCCGAAAAGGAUAGUAUUAUGAAGAAAACAAGUCCAAUGAAUUUAUUGCUGAUGGAUGAAACGAAUGUUAAUGAAAACUCGGUGUUCCCUGUACGACGUAAGAGAGGUAGAAAGAGUAAAUUGGAAAAAAUGAGGGAAGCUAGUCUUUUAAAGAAGGAGAAUGUUGAUGAAAAGGAUAAUUUUCAGAACAAAUUGAAAAAAUACCGUCUGCGUAAUAUAUGUGAAAAUAUUAAUAGUGUAACUAAAAGUACUGUAAUUCCAAUUAAACUGGAAAUCAAGGAAACCACUGCAAAGGAAAAGGUAGCAAUGGACUCAUCAUUGAACGAAACUUGUAUUAAGGAUAGAGGUACUGAUAUAAUUAAUGAUGGUGAAGUUCCUGAUAAACCAACAGAAACGAAAUUCAAUGAAGAAAGCUCAAAGAAAACAGAAGAUAAUUUGGUCAAAAGUAAAGCAAUAUCUGUUAUUGUAAAACAAGAGAAACUAGAAGCACAUAAUAUAAAUGUGGACAUGCAAGAUUAUAUAUGUAAAAUUUGUGGUAAACGUCUUAAGUCGAAGAAAGCUUUGCACAAUCAUAAAAAUGUACAUGCUGUUGGAAAGUAUAAGUGUUCUUUAUGCCCAAAUGUAUACAAAAGUAAUCAAAUAUUAAAAGAACAUAUUUUGAAACAUAAGGGUAUUAGGAAUUAUAAAUGCAACAUAUGUGAAAAAACAUUUGCACAGCAGUCUCAUUUAGCUGCUCACAUGGCAGUACACAGUAAAAUUAGAUUUCAUUGUCCUGGAUGCGAUAGACCUUUCAAUCGACACGACAAUAUGAAAAUACAUACCAAACGAUGCAAAAUGUUUCUGACGAAUCCAGAUCUUAAAAACUUCUUUAAUAGAAGAGAAAGAUCUUCAUCGUUUACUAAGAUUACGAAGGUAGACGAUGAUCUAGGAAGUCAAGAUGUGUCAAUACCUGUUUCUAAAUUUGUUGAAAAUCAAGAUAAUAAGCUGUCAGUAAAGCCUGUAGACAAUCAGAGAAAGCCUGCAUCAAAUUUCUGUAAAUUAGGAUUGAAUAUCUCUUGUAUCGAACCAGUAGAUAAAACAUGGGAUCGUGUUGAUUUAUAUAAAAAAGUAUCAGAAGUAACAAACUCCACCGAAAUCAAUAUAAUUCAGAUUACACAAGUCAGUGAUAAAUUACAUUCGAAAAGCGAAAAUUUAACAGUACUUGAAAACGUUUUGAGACCAGAAAGUUUUUAGUAAAGAUAAGAAGAUAAGUUAUAAUGAAUAUCUUAGAACGAUAUUGUUUAAGAGUACAAAUCAGUGAUAUAAGAUUUAAUGGAACCAUGAAAUUAGAGAACAUACUCUCAAAUCAUUCAAUAACAAAUUAAGUAACGUUUCUGGGACAAAGUAUGUUAUUUAAAAAUACUAAAAUCUUAGUAAGUUGAAAAUUUUAUACAAUUGACUUUGAACUACCAAUGUUCUUACAUUUGUUGUAUUAAAAAAAAAUUAUCAUUCCUUUAAUUUAGUAGAUUAAGAUUUUGAUCUGAAUUUUAAAGUUAAGACUAGAUUAAUAUUUUUAUUAAGAUUAAUAUGAAAAUAAGUUAUAUUUUUUUACAUGUGAUCAAGUUAGACAGUUCAUUGCAACUGGUCCCUGAUGGAAAUUUGUAUUUUACAACCAAAGAAAACCUUUUUUCUAUCUCUUAAAAAGUAAAGCGACGUUUCAUCGAGAUAAGACGAGGUACUCUUACGCUUAUUUUAGUUAUAAGUAAGGAAACAAGACUGAUAAUCAAUAUACAAGUAUAAAUUUAUUAUGAGAAGUUCCUAUCUAGUAAUUAGUCUUUACAGUUUGAUAUGAUUGUUCUCUAUUCUGUUAGAGAACAAUUUUUAAUAUGAAAGCACGCGUCGUUAAUUGCCUGUAUUACAAUUAUAAUGGCAAUAAAUUAAAUCAUUUUUUAUGGAAAAAUU